UGACAUCGCGAUUACAAAAUUACUUGACUCCGUUAAAAAUUCCACGUGUUUGCGAGACAAGAUGGCUCUCUAUUGAGACAGCAGUUUCAAGAGUGAUCGAUCAAUGGGAGGAAUUAAAAUUGCAUUUCUCGAUUGCAGCAAUAGACGAAAAGUGCACAAAAGCUAAAAUGCUGCAAUCCAUGUAUAACGAAAGAAUCAACUAUCUGUAUCUGCUAUUUUUACGGCCUAUACUAAAAGACAUGCAAAGAGUCAACCAAAGUUUUCAAAGCAAGAAACCAGAUUCCACAAAAUUGCUAAAGGAUUUGUUAAUUGCAAUUAAAUCACUGAAGCACACUAUUAUAUCGCCGGAUGAUGACAUCAAUGUGCUAAAUAGUGAUUUUGAAUCUUACGUUAAGAGAGAUCUCUAUCUUGGUUACGCAUUCGAAAAGGAGUUAAAAACGUUAAGUCUGGACAGAACUGAGGAAUCUCAAGUUCGAAUCAAAUGUACCGAUUUUUGUAUAGAAUUAAUACAUCAACUGAAGAAAAGAAUUCCAGAUAAUUUUGAAGUGUUAAAUAAAAUUGACCUAUUUUCGGUCGGAAAUGUAUUGCGAGCCAAGAAAGAAAGUAUUAUUGAACUUUUAAUUUUUUUUAAAGUGGAAGACGUCGACAAUUUAAAAAGGCAAUAUGAUAAUUUGCAAUAUAAUACCUGGCAAAAUGUUGAAAAUACGGAGAAGUUCUGGGCCGAAGUUUAUAAUUAUAAAGACUCGACCUUUACCAAUCCAUAUAAGGAGUUAGCUAGCCUCGCUCUAAAAAUUUUGUCUCUUCCCUGGUCGAACGCUGAAGUAGAGCGUCUCUUCAGUCAGGUGAACUUAAUUAAAACUAAAUUAAGAAAUAGAAUGAACUGCACGGUGCUAAGCUCUAUUUUGGCUAUAAGAUAUGGAUUACGCCGACAGGGAAAAUGUUGUUUCGACUAUGAUGUUCCGACAAAGUGCCUUAGAAAGGCUAAUUAUAAAAGCGAUGAAGGCGUUGAAAAUGGUGUUCAUCGAUGA